AUGGAUCUGGGUGAAUCACAUCCUCCUAAAGGAAUAUUUAAAUGUCACCUGUGCGGACUAUCGGUUCCAUAUACUUACUUUGGCCAAAGGCCGCCAAGUGCGCACUCUGUAAUACUUUUGGAAGAAUGUUAUGUUAUGAUGGAUCCCUUCACUCCCGAGAAAGACAAAUUUCUGAUUCUGGGUUCCACCUGUAGCUUAUGUAAGCAAGUGGUCUGCGUUGACACGGAAUGUAGCAUCUUCUACUCCAAACGAUUCUGCCUGCCUUGUGUUACAAAGAACAAAAGUGAAUUUCCUCUUGAAAUCCGGCAAGAUUUGGAGAAGAGAAAGACCCAGGCGAAGUGACAAGGCCGAGCUGCUUAGUUGU